CGCGCCCGCGGAGGGCAGGGCGGGGAGAGCGACGGGCCCUUUCCAAAAAAGUAUUGGAUGUCUGGAGGAAUGCAGGCGGCCCCCCGGGACGGCGCAUAUCUGGGAGGCGCCGCCGCCGCCGCCCGCACUCCGCCGGCCGCCCGCCUCGGCUCCGCGCUGCUCCGCGCCGCUCCGCGGGCGCCGCGGCUGCGAACAGGGGCCGCCCCGGCGCUUCUCCCCGUGCUGCUGCCGCUGCCGGUCGCGGCGCCGCCGCGUAGCCCGCCGCCGCCAUGGACGCCAUCAAGAAGAAGAUGCAGAUGCUGAAGCUGGACAAGGAGAACGCGCUGGACCGCGCCGAGCAGGCCGAGGCCGACAAGAAGGCGGCGGAGGAGCGCAGCAAGCAGCUAGAGGAUGACAUUGUGCAGCUGGAAAAGCAGCUGCACGUGACGGAGGAUGCGCGGGACCAGGUGCUGGAGGAGCUGCACAAGGCGGAGGACAGCCUCCUCUCCGCCGAGGAGAAUGCCGCCAAGGCUGAGAGCGAAGUAGCUUCUCUGAACAGACGCAUCCAGCUGGUUGAGGAAGAGUUGGAUCGGGCUCAGGAGCGCUUGGCCACUGCCCUGCAGAAGCUGGAGGAGGCUGAGAAGGCUGCAGAUGAGAGUGAAAGAGGAAUGAAGGUCAUUGAAAAUAGAGCCCAGAAGGAUGAAGAGAAAAUGGAAAUCCAAGAGAUCCAGCUUAAAGAAGCUAAGCACAUUGCUGAAGAGGCUGACCGCAAGUAUGAAGAGGUGGCUCGUAAGCUUGUGAUCAUUGAGAGCGACCUGGAGCGGGCUGAGGAACGUGCUGAGCUUUCGGAAAGCCAAGUCCGACAGCUGGAAGAACAGUUAAGAAUAAUGGAUCAAACCUUGAAAGCAUUAAUGGCUGCAGAGGAUAAGUACUCACAGAAAGAAGACAAAUAUGAAGAGGAGAUUAAAGUCUUAACUGACAAGCUGAAGGAGGCUGAGACCCGUGCUGAAUUUGCUGAGAGGUCAGUAACCAAGCUGGAGAAGAGCAUUGAUGACCUAGAAGAUAAUUUUCUUUGCUUCACUCCUGCAAAGACAUCUUCAUCAGGUUGGAUAAAACAUCUUUCCAAGCUCUUGGAUGUUUCAUGGGUUCAUUGUUCUGUCUGCUACCUUAGUUGACUCUCUUUCUAGCACCUGUCUCUGAACAUGCUCUUUGUGCUCUGUUGUACAGAAACUCCACAUCUCUCAAUGUAAAAUAAACAUCCCAGCUGUAUCCCUUUUGCUUUUCCCUUGCCUUUUAUUUAUUUAAAUAGCUAUUUCAGUUACUAAUAAAAAAGUUGCUUUUUUCGCCACUAGGGAUUUAACUUUUGUUUCUGUUUUCAUUUUUUCCACAAACACUUCUGCUUGAAUGUUGACAAUGCAAAGCCAACAAUAUCAGCCUAUAGGAUGAGAAUACUAUUUCUGGUAUUUUGAUGUUGAUACUGACCAGUCAUGAUCUCGAUCUUUCUCAAGUUACGAUGCAGAUAAAAUGACGCAUAGAUUUAAUGGGAUUUUUUUUAGGUUGUUAUUGUUGGGCCAAAAUCUGCAAGGACGCUACUCCCUUGGGGUCACUUGGUCGUGAGAGCAUGGCUGAGAUAGCAGUUAAGCCCUUGACAUUAAAUUUUUCAUUUUAGAGUUCAAAUUGUCCUCUUAGUUUGACAUUGAAGACUUCCUGCUUUUUUGGAAAUGUCUGUUCUUUUAAAUCUCUUUCUAGAGAAGCUGAGGGGUAAUACCAAAAGUUCAACACCCUCCCCUCCCCCGAAGUAGUCACUUAACUGUCUUGCAAAAAAGUUUUCCUCUCUGUCACGUGCUGAUUUCUCAGGAAGGGUGCUGCUUGUUACCUUUUUUACAUUAUGCUUUCUCUUGAAAGUUCAGCAGGGAGAUUUCAAUAGCUUUUCAGUCUUGUGCUUAGCUCAGACUUGUGAGUAUGAAUUGCAGAUUCAUACGAAAUGUUUCAAAUCUGGAAUAAGAUACUUGUUAUUACGUUAAUACUGGAAUCAUUCUGCUGCAAACUGAAACAUACUGAUUUCAUGUUUGAAAACCCACACAGGGUUUUCAGUUGAUGUGGCAGUGCCUAAUUAAGUAUGAAACAUUAAAUAUUGACACCUCUUCCUCUUUUGUACUGUUAGUGCAAGUAGAAAUAUUGCAAUUAUUUUAGCUUCAUUUCCUUUGCAAUGGAAGAAGCUAUUUUUCAGUUUACAUUAAAGCAUCAGUCACAAUUGAAUUGACUUAAUAUGCCUGUUACUGUCUUUUUUGCUGAGUUCUGAAGCCACAAUGGCUGAUAAACUCUUAUCACAUGGCAAUUGAGUUUUAAUUUAAUAUGUAGAAUAAUGUAACUGUGGCUUUCUCUUAUCACAUGGCAAUUGAGUUUUAAUUUAACAUGUAGAAUAAUGUAACUGUGGCUUUCUCAUUCGACUUUAAAAUUACUCAACAGUGUAAUUUUGUAAUCUAAUCUAGACUACAUUUCCCCUCCCUUAACCCUGUUCACCAAAUAAGGCUUGAAAAUGGGUCUAUCUCUUCCCCUGCUGCCUUUUUUUUUUUCCCUCGGAUAACUUCAUCUCAUUCCAGCUCUUUAUCCCAUGACAUUUGUUUCUUCCUAAUGUUACUGGGUGUGGGAGGAAACACGAGUAUGGGAUAUAUAUCAACAGUCACAAGUAGUCCAGUUAUUACAGUUCAGUAACUUAUUACAUCUUGAUUCAUGAGUGGUAAUUGUGUUUUUACACUCAGUGUAUUGCAACUGCAAAGUAAAAUGUCUAGUGUGAAGGUUAACCGAGUGUAUUUCAACACUUGUGAAAUGACUGAAGCUGAAUAGAGUUAACCUCACAGUUGCAAGAGUCUAGGGAAACGCGGUCAGUUGUCAGCUGAGCUGGGGUAAUUUAUGCUGCAGCAACUCCAACCUCUGAAUGUAUCGCGUUUGCUUUAUUGUAUCAAUAGUGGGUUUUUUUUCCUCAACUCCCUGCAGUAAUGUUUUUAAGAUGUUAAAAUCCAGUGUAGGGAUGUACUUAAAAAAUAAAUAAAGGGGAAAGGGAGAGUCUUCACAGUAACUCUGACUAUCAACGUUUAAACCUUCCCUUUUCCUUUAAACGUACGCAAUCAUACCUCUGCACUGCAGGGUGAUGAAUUGCUGGAAAGAGUAUUGGAAAUGAGCCACGUAAUGCAGAUAUAGUGGUAGCUCCGUGCAGACCUUGCAGCAGGCCCUGGUGCACACAUUAGCUCCGUGGAGCUGUUUUGGUUUCUCUAUGCAGUGUUUCAGCACUCUGUCACCUUUGGACCUGACGCAUGCGUUACGUCCCGCUGCCCGGAGCGUGGUGGAGGGGGCCAGGCUGGCCCCGAUGUCUGGCUCUCCGGUCUGCGCUGUGUGAGGGUGGCUGCGCCGAGGCCGAGGGGCGCUGGGUCUGCGCCAGGGCUCCUGCACCCAGCCGGCCCGUGGCGGCUCCCGUCAGAGCCCUGCCUCCGUGGUCCGGGUGAGCCGCGGCCCGGCCAGGCUGCGCGUGAUGGAGCCCUGGCUGUGCACUCGGUUAUAAGCGCUUUCCAUGCUGAACAAGGGUUGUUAGUCUCACUUUAGAUGUUAAGAAAUACUGGAAAUCUUUGCCUCAAAGAGAGUAGUUUUCUGCGAUGCAGGUAAGCAUCCGGUUUGUAGUUCAAAUUGUUAUGUAGUCAUGUUUGAGUAACCACUGGGUACGUUUUGCCAAACAAGUCAAAUUUUAGUGACUGGGAGAUCUGGAUGUUUUUUCUAUGUGUGUCUUAGUAUGUGACGUUGUUCCAGUAAGAGAAACAAAAGCCUCGUUAAUGGCCCGAGACCUCAGUUCCGCGAUGUGCUCCGACUUUCCUGAACGGGCCGCUCGAGGCUGGGCACCAUCAGAGCCCUUUCUUGCCCUCUGUGGAGCAGCCCUUACAUUUACUGUCAUGACGCGGCUGUAGGUGUUUGAUCUUCGAAGUGAACUGUCCUGUCAGUUUGCUGUAUUUGGGCAACACAGAUUUUCACACUACUAUUUCAUUUACCUUCAACAUGGUUUUUUUUGUUAUUGUUGUGUUGUGUGGGUUUUUGGUCUUGUUUUGUUUCUGUUUUUUUGGACAGUUUAAAGCCUCUUUAUUAGUAACACAAGCAUGCUUUCCCUGAUGUAAAAAAAAUAAAAUAAAAAUCAGCUGUCAGGUUCCACAGUAAAGAAGUCAUGGAGUUGAAAACUUAGGGGGGAUCAGUGCGGUUCCCGCUCACUUCAGCAAGAGGAGCUGAGGGAGGCUUGCUGGAAGGGGCUGCGGAGUACGGGUUGACUCAAACCCGGCAGUGCUUGGCUGUCUGCUAAGCAAGCACCUCUCUCCUGCAUUAGCCUGGUCAUGAUACAGUCGCUUUCCACCAGCUGAGAUAUGAGGUUCCAACAUAUCUUAAAUAUUUAAAAAGAAAAACAUCAUUCAUAAAACAAGCUUUCUCUGCAUUAUUCAUAAAGUUUUAAGCAGGACUUAGUUCUUCUAGGAAUAUAGCUGUAGUUCUUCCGUUUUUAUCCCUCUUCACCUGUCUCACAGCUGUUCUCCACAACAGGAGUCUUAGCAGGUCCUGUUUAGGUUAUAA